UUAUUUUACAUCAUUAAUGAAAACAAGAACAAAAACAUGUACUUGUGGGUAGACUAAUAUUUUGUUUAUAUAAUUUAAUUGUAUGUUUUCAAGAUUUCAUUGGAUAAAAACUUUAAAUAUCUGCAAUCAUAUUUCUAAACAAUAGGUUUAAAAAGAUGAAAAAGCAAUUCAAACACACGUAUGACUCACACAACACACUCAUGCACAGGUUUUGUUGGAGCAUUGUGUUUGGUGUAACAGUGUAGUAUUAUUCUAGUCUUUGUACGACCAUGCAUUGUUCCUAUGGCUUCUUUUGUUGGAGAGGUGGUGAUGAGGCUGCAUCCUCUCUUUAUGCUGACACAAGCCUACAUGAACGACACAAGCCUGAUAUGGCCAGAUGACUGAGCCAGAGAGAGGGAGCCAGCAAGGGAUACAGAGAACGAGAGAGGAACAGGAUCAGGAGCUCGGGAGGACAAAGACCAGAAAUGGACUGAGCAGUCUUGGCUAGCAAAUGUACAUUUAUAUACACACUGCUCAAGUACAGACACCCAGGCCUAGGGCUAAGCACAGAUAUGCAGGAGUCACCAGGUUCCAUAGGUGUGGAUGGAGGCUAUGCCAACAACGUCCCGGCAUUCCUCACCAAGCUGUGGACACUGGUGGAAGACCCGGAGACCAACCAUCUCAUCUGUUGGAGCACUACUGGUACCAGCUUCCAUGUGUUUGACCAAGGCAGGUUUGCCAAAGAGGUUCUGCCCAAAUACUUCAAGCACAACAACAUGGCCAGCUUUGUGCGCCAACUCAACAUGUAUGGCUUCAGAAAGGUGGUGAACAUUGAACAGAGUGGGCUGGUAAAACCAGAGAGAGAUGAUACAGAAUUUCAGCAUCUGUACUUCCUCCAAGGUCAUGAGCAUCUGCUAGAGCACAUCAAGCGCAAGGUGUCUAUAGUAAAAAGUGAGGAGACUAAAUUCAGGCAGGAGGAUUUAAGCAAGCUCCUGUAUGAAGUACAGGUCCUUCGAAGCCAACAAGAGAACAUGGAGUGCCAGAUGCAAGAUAUGAAACAGCAGAAUGAAGUACUAUGGAGGGAGGUGGUGUCACUGAGACAGAACCACACACAGCAGCAGAAAGUUAUGAACAAGCUGAUACAGUUUCUGGUCACCCAGAUGCAGGCGAGCCCUCCCAGCACGGUGGGAAUGAAGAGAAAAUUGCCCCUGAUGUUAGAUGAUGGCUCCACCACUCCUCCUACCUCCAAACUCAGUCACAGCCACUCCAUGGAGUCAAUACAAGAGGCCUUCUACAUCCAAUCGCCAUCUACAGAUGCUGCCUCCUGUUCCACUAGCAACACUAUGACAGUAGGGCCGAUCAUCUCUGAUGUUACUGACAUGUCACAGCCUACUGCAAUGGCUAUUCAAAUGGAGGAACCCCGGGAAAGAUGUCCAAUGAUUAUUAAGGAAGAGCCAGUGAGUCCAGGUGUGCACAGGUGGAGUGAGGACGUUUCUUGUGGUGUGUGUACUGAACCCCCUGUGCUCCCCUUGGCCAUGGUACAAUCCGUCCUAGAGGGCAGAGGGUCAGGCUCUGCAGAGAGGAGGGCCAAGAGGACCAUGGACAGGCCAGAAACCUCUGAAGCUGUUGAAAAUGUGGACAUAAGCUUUGAGGAACUACAGCUGCUCCUGAGAAACCAGCAGCAUAGUAUGGAGUCCAACUCUACCAGUGUGGAUAUAUUCACGUUUAGCAUGCCUAUGAAUGAGUGGAACUUCACAGAGAUGGACCCAAAUCUCAAAUCAGAGUUAGCCAACAUCCUUGUCCCUGCUGCUAUGUCUCAGUACAUGUUCCAGUGCCAGGAGGGUGAAGUGUGCAAUACUAAUGGCUGUGAGGAACAGUAAAAUCCUGACAUUGCAUCUAGCAAGUUCCUCUUCCCGGACCAUCGGGUAUCAUCUGCUGCUCAAUCCAUUUUAAUUUGGAUAGCUUUAGUUCUAACUGACAGCAUUGUCUAGAUAUGUGGAAACACUACGCUAAAAUAAGCUGCUCUGGUUUUGGAAGGGAGGAAUCUGCAAAAUGUAAGGCAAAUAUUUUUAUCUAGUGAAUAAAAUAACCACAGUGAGAUGAUGGGUUGGAUUUACUGGGGUGAAUGAAGUAUGUUUUAUGGUAUUUUCAGUGGCUGGUAGAAAAUGAUGCCUCUUUCACAUACUGUAGUUCUAAUUCCAUACAUUCCAGGCCGCUAAGGGAGUUUUUCUGACAGGGUUUUUGGUAUAACACUGAAUUAUUCCAUAGUUUACCAAUUUCAUGUUAUAAGAUGCAAAGGAUAAUGGCUGCAGUGGAAGAUGCAGAAACCAAAGGGAUGAAAUCAGUGUCACCAGUAUAGAGACUGGUGUGCAGUAGGUUGAGGCAAUGUAGUCAAAUCCAAAUAGAAGAGAAAUGCAAUUGUGUAGGCUCAUAAAACCACCUGGGAAAGUUUCAGGGAGCAUUGGCUGAUCUCUUUUCCUUGGUUAAUACUGGGGGGAGCCCUUACUAAGUUUAAAUUAUUUCCAAAGAAGUGGUUUUGAAAGACCACAAGUCAGACAGAAGGCGUUAUGCAUGAUACACUUUAGUACAGCUACAGUUCACCAAAACACAAAGGUACGUUUAAUUCUGGACAUAAACCUCCAAAGCAUGAUUCAUCAGGAGUGCGGAAGUCGUGAAAAAUAUGUGGUCAGUUUAUCCCUCUACCAUUAAAUCAAUGUUGUUUUGUAACAACAGAUCGGUGGCUACUGAGAACACUGUCCACUGGGUAUUGUUUACAGUUGUCUUGUCCACCAACCCCAAAUACAGGAGUCAAAUUAUAUCCCAUGAAGAUCUAAAUGUCUUCUUAAAAUGGCUUUUUAUAUCCUGAGAAUAACAGAUGUGAUGUAGGCAGUAAACAAAAAUAAAAGAGAAAUAAAAGUGACCAUAGAGCUGAAUGGUGCAUAUUUCUACAUACUAAGUGCAGUGGAACACAGAAUUUCUUUGCUUCAACAUAAGUGGAGUGACAGACCCAUUCAUAGACCUGCCCUUCACUCUAGCGCCCAAGGUGUUAAUUAAGUGGAUGUGUACCUCCCUGUCAAUAUUGCCUGUGAUGCUGACAGUCUAGAGAAGCAAGAAGCAAGACAGAUGGAGUUGCUGAUAAUAUAAAAGUAAAUUUAUGGAGGAUUUAUGGCUAAUAAGCAAUCACAAGAAGAGCAUUUUGAUGAAAGUCAGAGCAGACUUGAGGGUGGCAUAGAGAAAAACCUGAAAGUGAAGGCUAGAGGAGAACAAGGCUUGAUAUCAGAAUAUCAGUGCGUGUGUGGCUGUUGAACCCCUAAGUCGCUCAUGUAUAUUAUUGUGGAAAGACAAUUUCAAGAUUGUGUUCUAGUUCAAGCAUCAAUGGGCAGUAAAUAGCAAAUGAUAUUCAGGUGGUAAAGCAAGUGGAUAGGUGAAUUCACAAAGAGGUGCUUCAGCUAAAUUGGAAUGCGUAUGGCAGAGCACCAGAUCUGAACAGACAGACAGACAGCUUACUGUUCAGUGUAGUUCCUGGACAGUAUAGAGACAAGGGUUCUGAUUCUGAAACACUGGACCCUCAUUAUCUUAGACUCCUUUCUGUCUCUCUUGGUAAGUUAACAAUAUCCUUUGCUCUCUUGCAGAGUUACAUGAUGUGCAAAUUCAUCUGGCUAGUGGCUCUCAUUAAAGCAAACUGACUAAUUCUUAAGUAGGCUUAUAAUUAAAACACCACCAUAAUUUGCAAUGCACAUUUACUGUGCUCUCAAAUUUCCCAUUCCAUAGGACAUCUUGGACAGUAUGAUUUAUUGCCCUUUUCUGAGAAUACCUUUAUAGCUUGCCAUUGCUAAUUUAGGUUAUACACUGAGGGGAAAUUACACACUUUUGUUGUGGUUU